AUGAAAGAAAAGGAUGCACGAGUAAAGUUUCGUCAAAUCGUGUCUGCGGUGCAAUAUUGCCAUGCCAAAAACAUUGUUCAUCGUGAUCUCAAGGCGGAGAAUCUGUUGCUGGAUGAAUCAAUGAAUCUGAAGAUAGCAGAUUUCGGAUUUUCCAAUAACUAUUCAUCGGGUCGAAAGCUGGAUACAUUUUGUGGUUCCCCACCUUACGCAGCGCCUGAGCUCUUCCUCGGCAGGAAAUACGACGGUCCUGAAGUGGAUGUCUGGUCUCUCGGUGUCAUUCUUUACACUCUCGUUUCCGGUUCUCUCCCGUUUGACGGGAAAAAUCUCAAAGAACUGCGUGAAUGCGUCCUUCGAGGCUCCUACCGCGUGCCCUUCUACAUGUCCCAUGAAUGUGAGAUGCUGCUCAGGAAGAUGCUUGUUCUCAAUCCAACCAAGCGCGCUUCUCUUCUGGAUAUUAUGAAAGACAAGUGGCUGAAUACGGCCUUUGAGGAUAACACUCUGCAACCCUUUAAAGAGGACAUCCCUGACUACAAUGAUCCUGAGAGAAUACAAUGGAUGGUACAGAUGGGCUUCUCUAGAAGCGAUAUCCACGACUCGCUGACGAAGCAGCGGUUCAACAAUAUCACCGCGACGUACAUCCUGCUAGGUCAACGAAGGCAGAAGUCCCUUCCCUGGCCUCCAACCCUGACGGGCAGUAGUGUCGUGCCACAGCGGAGCCUCUCGUCGGAGGUGCCGGCACCAGUGAACGGCCGCCAAAACCCUGCGACCACAGGAUCCUCCCAACCGCCACAAUCUCGCCAACUUACUCCCACAACCACCACCACUAAUGCUGCUUCCUUCCGGCGGCCCUACCACCCUCCUCCCUCAUCCUCCUCAAACACUAGUGCUCAGGUCAAAGUGAUGUCAACUGCCUUGACCGCGCCUGGUAACAUGGAAGGUGACGCAAGCUUGGCGAAUGCACCGCUUGCGACGACAGACAUUGACGACGUAAAUAACUCUCCCGCAAACACUACCACAAUUAUAGGCACCUUAAAGAGGCAGCAGGCGCGUACGGAACCUCACCAACCUAUCACCAUUUCCCCCGUGCCCUCACCCUCUCCCGACUCCUCUACUGGCACGGUGAAGCCUUCAAGGAAUCAGUCUGCACUUUCGUCAACCUCUACUGCCGUAGAAUCUAGCACUACGACCGGAAGUACGGUUCAAGAUUCGAGGAGCGAGCAUGCAGAUUCUCGUGGGGGUGCGACCUCAACCCAGACACCGAAUCGUGGUGCUCCUACUGUGCCCAAACGCCCAUCCUUCACACACAGGAACAUCACUGCCGGUAUUGAGGGUGAGUUUCACGUGCCGAUUUUGGCGCCACGUGCAUCAGACGCUGCUGCUCCCGGCUCCGAAACACCGCUCACUGGUCGACUGCCUCGGAGGGACGAGCCAAAUUCGUCUUCGUCUGGAGCCACAGCUAACAGACCCCAGCCGUACGAACUCAUAAAUUCAAACAUCGAGUCAUCUCUCCUCCAGCAACAACAACCAAACACAUCUAAUGCUUCUAACGUCGCCAAUCGAAAAAGUGGCAAUUCCAACCAGACUGCUUUCUCCAAGACCCAUUCUUCCCUUGGUUAUAGGUCACUUCGCCUCCCAGCAGAUACCACUGCGGAGUUGAGAGCUCUAGCUAGCGGUGGUGACACGCAGUCAUCGUACUACAAUACAUCAGGUGCCAGUUUUGCUGCGCACCACCAGCCGACUAUAGCCGGUGUCUCCCCGGCACCAGUGAGCCACUCGCCCUCUGUGUCCUCGUCCACUCAGGAGGGCGAAAGUCGACAUUCGACGGCAGCAUCCGCUGUUAACAGCGGCUUCUACGUCCCUUUUGGACGCAAUGUGCCUGGCCGAUCAACCAUUCAACAUGUGCCUGCCUCUGAGACCCGCGAUCGAAUCGCCCUCGAGAGACCCGACCAGUGGUCACGUCCUCUCGUCCGGCACCCUGGAACCGCCGCCCAUAUGGAUCAGAAAACCACCCUCGCUGACCUCUAUAGCCAAACUGUGAACCAGGUUAGAUCAAGGAAGAUAAGUUGGCCUAUCACCAUGAUUCUUGCAUUCUCUCUUCUUGUGUCGCAGUCCCAAGGUCGCCGUAGCCCAUCUGAUCUCUCUGUGAUUUCCGUAACAAGCUCCUCCGCAACUGCGAAAGCUGAGUCAAAUGAUGUUGCAAGCAUUUCGGAUUCGGCGGAUGACUUUGAAGCGGACGAAAUUGAUGUGGAUGAUGACGACGAGGUGGGAGAAAAUGUAAACGGGGCUGAUGUUGAGUCCUCAGGUACCGCUACUGCUGGAGAUGACCUCCGACGUCGUCAUGGAUGGGCCGUGACCGGUACCUCUAGGUCGCGCUUCAACCGUGGUGGCACACCCGUCAGUCUGCAGGAGACUUCGGCAGCAGCUAAGGCUAAGGCUAGCACCUUUUCCAAAACGGACUCCAAAAAGACCGCCGCAUCCACCAGUGGAAGCAGUGGAGGCGGCGGUUUCCUGAGAAAUUUAUCAAUGCGGUUCUCUCGCAGCAAGAUCUUCAGGCUCCCGUUCGGUAGUGGGGGUGCCGCGCCAGCAGCAUCACAAAAAGAGUCCACACCCGACUAUUCAACUCUUCGAAGUCUUCGGGGAGUCCCGGGUUCGAUACCCUCAGAGUCUCUUCAAACGCCAUUGGCAAACCCAAAAAUGGCUGCGCAUCGUCUGACUACAGCAUCAGGCAGUGUUAUUACAAGAAGUAGAAGUACCGUGACGGGUGGACGCAACAGUUGUCGUUCAAAGUCUCCGAGCCGCAGUGUCGUGGAACAGCAACAUGUGAGUCGGCGUUCAGCAUUUGUUCCGGGUGCACCGACUGAUCGCUCCUCCCGUGACACCACACCGACUAACGUGUAUGGUCGUUCCGUAUCUACCGUCAGUGCGCCUCGUAAUUCAUCCUCCCUCGUGGAACAUUCCAUCCAGUCGGGAGGCGGUGGUAGUAGUAGUGGCAACGCAAGAGUUCUUUUCCGCAUGGAAAGCAAUAGUCGGAGGCAGUUGGACGAAAUGAUGGCUGAAAUCAAGCACGCUUUGUUGGCAUCUGGUGUUGCUUUCAGCCAGACUGACCACCCGCACCGACUCCACUGCACGUGGGUGGUGGGUGGCACCACCCCUGAGACGGAUCUGGACUCAGGUCUGCCCACGACUACAGCGGGUUCUGGCGAACUCCUGCGUCUCGAGUUGGAGGUCUGCAAACUCCCGAAAGCAGGCAUGAAUGGGGUUCGGUUUAAACGAUUAGCGGGACCAGCGGCGGAGUUUAAGCGCGUCUCACAGAAACUGGCGGAGGAUCUCAAGCUAUGA